AUGAAACCUCGUCUCGCUGAGGAGAAAAGCUUCGCAUUACAACUUAAAAUUAAUGUUCUAGACGGGUCCGCUCAUUGCUUUGAGCUUUUACAAACAACCAAAGCAAUGGAUGUCAUCGUCAAUAUUUCGAAGAUUUUACGGUUAUCCCAUAUCAAAUACUUUGGGAUACAGGUGCUUGAUAAAGACCAGCAGUUGGUGAGCUUUAGUUUUUUACUAACGCGGUUACCUCAGCUAGCAUUGGUUAAAGCCAAAGAAAUUCUUAUAUGCGCAAAUGAAACGUCUACGUAA